AUGAAUUACAUUUUCGGAAAUAACACACUCCUCUAUUCUCGCGCCAAUCGAGGCAACACGAGCUCAAGCCACAGUUCUGUAGGCCCAAAGCACAAGCAGUGGGCAAAGAAAGGCUCGACAGAUGAGUUACGGAACGAGCCUUCCCGUUGGCAGCAGAUAGUUGCAUUUUUCACUCGGAGACAUGGUUUCAUUGACUGCAUUUCUGUUGCUGCCAGCUCCACCCAGCCCACAGAAGCUGUUCCUUCCUCUUCUCCUAUUGUCCCUGUGAUCCCUGUCCCACCAGUCCCUGCUGAGACCACUGUCAUCCCAUCCACCAUACCACAGGCAAAUCCCCCUCCAGUGCUGGUGAAUACAGAUUCUUUGGAGACUCCAACAUAUGUCAAUGGCACUGAUGCAGAUUAUGAGUAUGAAGAAAUUACUCUUGAAAGGGGAAAUUCAGGACUUGGCUUUAGCAUUGCAGGUGGGACAGACAACCCACAUAUUGGGGAUGAUUCAAGUAUUUUCAUUACAAAAAUUAUAGCCGGGGGUGCAGCUGCACAGGAUGGAAGAUUACGGGUUAAUGAUUGUAUUCUACGAGUAAAUGAGGUGGAUGUUCGUGAUGUGACACACAGCAAAGCAGUCGAAGCAUUGAAAGAAGCAGGAUCAAUUGUACGAUUGUAUGUCAAAAGAAGAAAACCAGUCACAGAAAAAAUAGUGGAAAUCAAACUUGUAAAAGGCCCUAAAGGUCUUGGUUUCAGUAUUGCUGGUGGUGUAGGAAAUCAGCAUAUACCUGGAGACAACAGCAUCUAUGUAACCAAAAUCAUUGAAGGCGGGGCAGCACAUAAAGAUGGCAAACUUCAGAUUGGAGACAAACUUUUAGCUGUGAACAGUGUUUGCUUAGAAGAAGUUACUCAUGAAGAAGCAGUGACUGCCUUAAAAAACACAUCUGACUUCGUUUAUCUGAAAGUUGCAAAACCCACCAGCAUGUUCAUGAAUGAUAGUUAUGCCCCUCCUGACAUCACAAACUCUUUUUCUCAGCCAGUGGAUAACCAUAUCACUCCAUCUGCCUACAUGGGACAGUCCUUGCCCCCAGCAUCACCGGGGCGAUAUUCACCAAUUCCCAAGGGAAUGCUUGGAGAUGAUGAGAUUACCAGAGAGCCUAGGAAGGUUGUCCUACAUCGAGGAUCAACAGGUCUUGGUUUCAACAUUGUUGGAGGAGAAGAUGGAGAAGGAAUUUUCAUCUCUUUCAUACUUGCAGGAGGACCAGCUGACCUCAGUGGAGAGCUUAGGAAAGGAGAUCGUAUAAUUUCUGUAAAUGGAGUAGAUCUAAAAGCAGCAACCCAUGAACAAGCAGCAGCAGCCCUGAAGAAUGCAGGCCAAGCAGUAACUAUCGUAGCUCAGUACCGCCCGGAAGAGUACAGUCGUUUUGAAGCUAAAAUACAUGAUUUACGGGAGCAGAUGAUGAACAGCAGCAUCAGUUCAGGAUCAGGAUCUUUGCGAACCAGUCAGAAGAGAUCCUUAUAUGUCAGAGCUCUCUUUGAUUAUGACAAGACUAAAGAUAGCGGCCUUCCGAGUCAAGGAUUGAACUUCAAAUUUGGCGACAUUCUCCAUGUCAUUAAUGCCUCUGAUGAUGAGUGGUGGCAAGCACGGCAGGUAACUCCAGAUGGAGAAAGUGAUGAAAUUGGAGUUAUCCCAAGCAAACGCAGAGUCGAGAAAAAAGAACGAGCCCGUUUAAAGACAGUGAAAUUCAAUUCCAAAACAAGAGGAGAUAAAGGGGAGGUCCCUGACGACAUGGGAUCAAAAGGCCUGAAGCAUGUAACCUCUAAUGCCAGCGAUAGUGAAAGUAGUUACCUUAUCUUGAUUACAGAUGAGUACGGUUGUUCAAAAGGUGGCCAAGAGGAAUAUGUCUUGUCAUAUGAACCAGUCAAUCAACAAGAAGUCAAUUACACUCGACCUGUGAUUGUUUUGGGACCCAUGAAGGACAGAAUAAAUGAUGAUCUCAUCUCAGAAUUUCCAGACAAAUUCGGCUCAUGUGUUCCACAUACCACUAGACCAAAACGAGAUUAUGAGGUGGAUGGACGUGAUUACCAUUUUGUCACUUCUCGAGAGCAAAUGGAGAAGGAUAUUCAGGAUCACAAAUUCAUUGAAGCUGGCCAGUACAAUAAUCAUCUUUAUGGAACAAGUGUCCAGUCAGUGCGAGAAGUAGCAGAAAAGGGUAAACAUUGCAUUCUUGAUGUUUCUGGUAAUGCUAUCAAAAGGUUGCAGAUUGCCCAGCUGUACCCGAUCUCCAUUUUUAUUAAACCCAAAACAGUGGAAAAUAUCAUGGAAAUGAAUAAACGCUUAACGGAAGAGCAAGCCAGGAAGACGUUUGAGAGAGCCAUGAAACUGGAGCAAGAAUUUACUGAACAUUUCACAGCUAUUGUCCAAGGAGACACGCUGGAAGAAAUCUACAACCAAGUGAAACAGAUCAUAGAGGAACAGUCUGGGCCUUACAUCUGGGUUCCAGCAAAGGAAAAAUUAUGAAAACAGAUUUUUACUUUUCAUUUUCUAACUGACAUCACCUACUACAUCUGACGACUUAAGCCCUUCCAGUGGAGCCUGCCUCUAGUUCUUUCCAGCGUGGUUCAUACCCUAACCAUCACAUUCUGCAGUUCCCAUAAUGCUUUACAUUUGUUGUCUCUCUUAGUUUAAAUAAUUUGUAAUAUUGUGUGUUGUUGGUUUGCCAUUUUUCAAACAUGACGGUGGAAUGGCCUGACCAGCUAUUAGUUUGGGGUGUGGGUGGGAGGGAAUUGCUUGGUAAAAUUCCUUAAUGUUUAAGGGAAAGUAACUUUCAAAGAUUUUUUCAAAAAAGCUUUAUAGACAUUCUUUUAAGAUUUCAUAACAAUUGAAAGAAAAGUUGUAUUCAAGGAAGUUGUUAAAUCAUAAGUAACUUUGCACGCUUAACUUUAAUAGCAUGGUUUGGUCAGGGCAAUCAAUUUCAGGUUGUAUUUUCUGAGUUAAAUUCUAUUCUCACAGUAAUUUUUUUUUUUUUCCUUUCCAGGCAGUUAGAAACUUUAAAAUUAUGAGUUAACAUUUUCAUUUACUCCCAUUACUGCUCCUCAAGGGAUAUUCAUUUUCAUGAUUUCAUAUGGAUAUUCUUAUAAUAUAUUUUUUCAUUUUUUGCCAAUAAGAUUGCUAGGGACAAAGAUGUGUAAUGUUUUUAAUCUUCCUCAUGAAACACUAUUUAUAGUGUCUUACAGAAAUCGUUUAUAGAUAAUGGUCAUCACACUUUUUGAGCCUAAAGUAUGUUUAGGUGCUAGGAAACAUUGUACUUUUCAGAGGAAUGCCAAGUUUCCAUUGGCAUUAAUACAGAAAACAACUGCAGAGAUGGUCGUUAGGGCAAUGAGAGAAUGAUUCGUAGCCUAAAAAUGUGUGUGUUCUUAGGGGUCAGAUUUUAAUGAAUAUUUUACCCACAAUAACUGCCUAUUUUGUUAUAAUAAAUAUAUAUAUAUAUAUUAAACUUUCUUUAACUAAACUCUGUAACUAUGGGAAUUAUUUUCUUUACAUAGUUGCGCACACGUAUAAAUAUAUAUAUAAAAAAUAUAUUUUUCUUUUACCUCCUACUCCUAGCUUUUUGUUU